AUGAGCGCCGGUCUGCUGAGCGGGAGGUCGCGGAUUCAAACCCCGGUCGGACCAACACUUAGGGUCUUUAAAUAACUGAGAAGAAAGUGCUACCUUUGUAAUGUCAUCUCCAAAUGGUUAGACUUUCUAGUCUUCUCGGAUAAGGACAAAAACCCGUAGGUCCCGUCUCACAGCACUUUCACUGAUCUGUUCUAGUGGGACGUAAAAGAACCCACACUACUGUUCGAAAAGAGACGGGGACGUAGACCCCGGUGGUGUACCCACCUUGAAGGGUUGUGGGAUUGGGUAGGGAUGGCACCUUGCAUGGGACCUAUGAGUCCCGUUCGUGCCUAUUCCCUCUGGGCAGGCCUGUGUCCAGAAAAGCUUGUAAAACUGAACCUAUCUGGGAUUACGGAGGCUUCCAAGAGUUGUAGACAUUCCAAGACAACAGUGAAGAAGGGGAAGACCACACCACCUACAAGUGCAAGGAAAGCCACUCUCAAAUUUGAAAUCUUGUUUAAAGGGAACCUCCACUCUUACUACAGAAUAAGUUUAAAUCGAAGAAAAUUAUGUUGAUAAACAAAUUUGUUCGAAAUUUGUCUUAAAAAAAGUGUUUAUAUCAGGAAAAGUGAAUUUUAAAAUCGCUUAUUUUCACUUUCAAAUUUGGCGGGCGCCGCCAUCUUGAAUAAUUGUGACGUGUUACGGUUGCUCUAUUGUUCUGACACAAAGAGCUUUUGUUUUAUAACAAUAGGGCAACCAUAACACGUCACAAUUAUUCAAGAUGGCGACGCCCGCAAAAGUUGAAAACAAAAAUAGGCUAAUUUAAAAGUUAUUUCUUUUGGAUACAAACGCUUUCUUUAAAAAUAUUUUAGAUUGACUUGACUGUAACAGUAAUUUCCUGUGAUUUAAAGUUAUCUUUUUGUUGAAGUGGAGGUUCCCUUUAAGUACUAUGUCAAAGGCUUUGGUUACAAAGCCCAGAGGUCUGAACAGGGUGGUGAAGUGCGAAAUUUGGACCUACCAAGACAUGCCCCAGAAAAAGAAUGUCUUUUACAGCUGAAAAAGAUUUUCUUUCCAGAAGGCCAUAGUCUGGUCGGAAAGGGGGAUGACAUAGAAUUUAAGCUUGCCGAUUUCAAGUGUCGGACCAUUUACAUGUGCGAGGACUUUUCGCUGGAAAGAUAUAAGCAAAGAUACGGUUUGCAUACUCUCCGAUUAUUCCUCCUCAGAGACAGCACAGUUUCAUCAAAGGAGUCAGAUUACGAGGAAUUGAAGAAGUCUUCGUUUGAAGACAGUGGGUCUGAAGAACCUGAAGAGAUGCAAUCUCGGUAACGGAUAAGAGCCAGCCUGUUGCAGCCCGCUUGAGCACAACCUCUGCAGAGCCUUUAGUGCACAGUAGCUUAUCAGUAGAACAUGCUAUGGAUGAAUUGAUCGGGAGAUCUGAAGAACGCAGAUAAUUCAUGGAUCAGCUUCAGGCAGAUUACAAGGCACCUCUAGCAGCAGAUAAAGAAAAAGAAUUGGCAAACGAGGCAAGCAUCCGAAGGGAAGCUCUCUAAAUAUCAAGGAUGAACCGUGUCCAACCCGAACCAACAUUACAAGAGCCACGCGUGAUGGUUUCUGCUUGACACCCUACCCUUGGUGUCGUCAGGAGGGAAUUUCCACCCAACUGCACAAUUAUGGCAUUGUACGAUUGGGUGGGGUCACUGUCCACCCGUCCAGAACAUUUUCCUCUGUUUCAGCGGCCCUUAUCGCACUGCUUACCCUGAAGAUGACAUAAAGUCUGUCAGUGCUUUGUAUGUCGCAGCAACAGUUCUCCAUCUCUUUGUGCAGAGAUGAUGACGAAGUUGCGGUUUUCAAUGCUCAACCUGACAAUAACGACAGUGUUAAUGACACUUUGUCUGAUUACGAGUUCGAAGCAGCAACUGCAUAUUUCAGUGAUGGUGUAGCAGCCGACACAUACAAACAACUUGAAGAGGUCCAGUCGCAUCCCCCAGCGCAGCUUUUGGAAGAUGAUCCUGAAGUCUCCACCAGCGAGCAAUUGAACAUUCAGAUAUUGAAAGGCCUAAAUGAUAAAUGUCGAAGUGUAAAGGAACAGUUUGAAAACGAACUGGAGAUGGUCAGGGAGGUCAGUCGACACAAUUGUGUGAAAGAUAUGUUGACUCAUUUCAGGCAGCAAAGCGUUGCUGACAGUAAGCUUUGCCUUUUAUUUAAAGGUCAACAUGCAGUUGUGUACUCUGUCUUUUGGGACCGUUCUGUUUCCAGUUACUGCGAAGGAUCCUCUCACUUCACGUUUCCUGUCACUGCUGCCAAGUCACAAGAUGACUUUGUUGCUAUAGGUCGGAUUUUAACACAUCAAUUCAUCGAGACUGGGACACUUCCGCUGCAGAUAUUGAAAGCCAUAAUACAGCAAGCCGUAACUGGACGGGUAUCAGAAGAGUGUUUGGUGCAAUCCCUCCUCAUGUUGCUCUACGAAAAAGAAAGAGAAAUCCUU